AUGAAAUCUGUACGGUUGCUUGGAAACGGAAGGACGCCAAAACGCACCUGUCUGCUACACAACGCUGAAAUAAUCAUCAGUUGCUACGUCAUAUGUGGCGCACUGCUCGUGCGUCAUGUGUACGGCCAGUGCUCGGAGGCGCACCGCCAAAUGUGCUCCUACCCAUACAUUCAGUUACAGGCGCUCGCGUCCCAGGGGACGUCCGGUGUAGCAGGCACCGCUGGCGGCAUCAACCGACUGCUCCCAGAUUACAACGAGUCGAUGAUGAGGGAUGUCUGUAGACUGUACUCGGAGUUCCGGAACUGUUCCCAGCCGUUUAUGACGACAUGCAACAACCACACACUUAAUGAGAUUCACAUGUAUGACGUCACACUGGGAUUUAUAUGCGGUGAUAUACUUACAGACUACCUACGCAACCGAGCCUGUUACCAGCGUCUGCAGACGUCAUAUAAUGCCUGUAAGCAGAAACACGCUAAAACGUUCCAGGAGAUCGACGUCAGUGAUGCGUCGACGUCGUACACGCUCUGCAGCGCCUCCAAAGAUUAUGUGCUAUGUGUGUACUCAUCUACCGCCCUAGGAUGCUCCAUGGCGGCAGCAGAUGUAUACUUCCGGUUGCUUAAUCACUCCAUAACCGAGGUAUUCCGAUUGAACAACGUCCGGUGCCAAAUUUCCCACCCCAUGGACGUCAUAUCAAUAUAUACGUCAACGCAGACAACGUCGGAACGCGCGAGAUCUACGCGAACGAUUACGCCGAUUACGGACACUAGGGACCAUGAUAAAGUAGUGGCCAAGUGCAAUUCUUUGAGACCUUUGUCUCUUUGUUAUUAUAUUAUAUGUCUGUUUCUUUGUUUAUGCAUAUACAUAGACUUUUUAUGUGUGGCGAUAGCAUAAUGCGUGUCAUCGUUUGUUUAACUUUGUAUGUACCAUAUUAAGUUGGGUGUAUAUGAAAAAUCAGUUUUCAGU